UACACAACAAAUUUCAUGCGUAUUAAAAAUAUUAUCGUGAUGCAUAACUAAAUUAUCUUUAAAAAAUUACUUUUCGCCCAACUAACAGUGCUCAAAAGUCAAAACUAGUAUAUAUGCUACACCAAUGCAUAAAGAAAAAAGAAAAAGAAAAUCCAAAAUGAAGGCAUCUUUGAAAAUUAAAGCAAGGCUUACCGUGAAUUCACCCUUACCCUAGCGUGUCUCUCAGGUAACUCCUUUGUCCAAUAAAACCAGCGCCUUGAAUGACAUGACAUCACAAUUUACACAUGAAACUUUCCGAAUUUAAUUAAAAUCUCCCUCACACAAAAAUAAAACCUUUCAAUUUCAUUAAUUAUUUUCAUAACAGCCAGAGAGAGAAAGUCAUCAAACCAUGACGUGGCAGUUUGACCCAUUCUUCUUCUUCUUCUUCCUCCCUUCCCUUUCAUCUUUCCCUCCUCCUCUCUUUCUCCUCUGGGAAAAUUCAACCAAUCCAAUCCUUUUUGCCGCUGCGCUGGCCCACCGAGUCGAUCUCAACUCGCUUCCCCCGUCCAACUCAGUCGCCCCUUUUCAUCGUCUUCUUCCUCUCGAUUCUGCUUUCUCAAUAUACCCUUUUGGGCUUCUUUCGUUUGAAUCUGACUAUAACUCCGCCAUUUCCAGCUCUUACCAGGUCGCAAUUUCUUUCCUUUCAAUCUUCUACUCCCUUUCACCUUUUAGACCGAGAAAAACGAAACUGAGUGACAGAUAGAAAGAGAGACGGAAACAGAGUGUUAAUUUUGAUUUGGGUUUGUCGUUGUAAGUCUAGUCAGAGGGUUUAGGUGAAGAGGGAAAGGAAAAGGGGGCCAUUAGGAGCUUUCAUUAUUGACUGUGUUUUGUUUAUUGUUGAAAACAAAAAAAAUGGCGACUCCUUCCCCUUCCAGGGAAGUAUCCUUUCAUGGGUUCCAUCCCCUUUUCGUAGAAUUCCAUUGUUAACCCACCACCAAAUUUCCUUUCCUUUUUCUCUCCUUGCCCCUCUUUUUUCUCUGAAAUGUUAGGCCAGGAGGAAACUAAUAACCCCCUCCCUCCCGCGGCCGCCCGGAAAAACUAUCUCCGGUCUGUUUCAUGGAGCGACCGUUCACCGCGCCGGCCGAGCAACAACCCUAGACCUCACCAGCCCUCGAAUCACAGCAAGGCGAGGUCAUGUCUCCCGCCGCUCCAGCCUUUGUCCAUAACCAGAGCUCCGGUUGAAGAAUGGCCUCGGGCCGGGUCCGACGAUUUGGGAAUCUGGCCGAACCCACAAACUCCCAGAACCACCGGCGCCGGCGGCUUCCCAUUGACUCCUCAGCCGGCGGCAGCUCACAACUCCAAUCCUCCUGUGAGGGAAUUCCAGUUCAAGAGAGAAAAAUUGGCCUUCUUCGACAAAGAAUGCUCCAGAAUCGCCGACCACAUUUACCUCGGAAGCGACGCGGUGGCCAAGAACCGGGAAGUUCUCCGGCAGAACGGAAUCACCCACGUCCUUAACUGUGUUGGAUUCGUCUCCCCUGAGUACUUCAAAGACGACCUUGUUUACAAAACCCUCUGGCUGCAGGAUUCCCCUUCAGAGGACAUCACCAGUAUUCUCUACGACGUGUUCGAUUACUUUGAAGACGUGAGGGAGCAGAGUGGGAAAGUUUUGGUCCAUUGUUGCCAGGGUGUUUCGAGGUCCACCUCGCUGGUCAUAGCUUACCUCAUGUGGAGAGAAGGCCAGAGCUUCGAGGAUGCAUUUCAGUAUGUCAAAGCAGCUCGAGGUGUUACCAAUCCCAACAUGGGGUUCGCUUGCCAGCUUCUCCAGUGCCAGAAGCGUGUUCAUGCUGUUCCGGCCAGCCCUAAUUCGGUCCUUCGUGUGUAUCGAAUGGCUCCUCAUUCACCUUACGAUCCUCUCCACCUUGUCCCCAAGAUGUUGAGCAAUCCAGGUUUGAAAGGACUAGACUCUCGUGGAGCUUUCGUUGUUCAUGUUCCUAGUACCAUAUUUGUUUGGAUAGGGAAGAAAUGUAGCCGUGUGAUGUUGAAUCAUGCUAGGGUAGCUGCAAGUCAGGUGAUUAGAUACGAAAGGGCGAAAGGUCCGAUUGUUAUUGUUCAUGAAGGGGAAGAAGGGAAUGAGUUUUGGGAUGCUCUUGGGACUAAUGAUGAUGGUGCUGGUGUUUGUAGUAGCAGUAGUAGUAGUGAUGAAAGGAAAGUUGAUGCGUAUGAUUCAGAUUUUGAGGUCUUUGAUAAGGCAGUUUGUGGAGGGGUUGUCCCACCUUGUUCGGUAUCGAAUGCUGAAUUCGAGACUCGCCUUUCUGCAAGUGAGAAUGGGUGGGGGAGGCUUAGAACGAAGUUUGCUAGUGGUAUCAUGAAGGAGUUCAUCAGUUCAUCCUCCAAAAUGGAUGUAGAUUCAGUAAUAUAUGAAGGUGAAGAAGAUGUGGAGGAAAAAAAGAUUCCAAGUAAGGACACAUUGUCUUCGUCGACUCCUUUUGGUUCGCCUGAUUCCUAUCACUCUUGCUCACCGGACUCUGCUCAGAAAUUCGGCUACAAGUCUCCUGCUACAAUAUCGCCUUCUGCUUCGGAUUAUUCGUCAAGUUCAUUUACCUUUUCGCCCUCAUCUUCAAACUGGUCUGACUUGUCGUAUGUGUCUUCCCAACAGCCUUCCCCUUCUGGUUUGGAAGCUCUUAACUCACCUACAAAGGUGUUUCCUGUUGAUCUUCAAACGAGUCAUGUGUCGAACAAGGUAACUACUUCACCAUCUAUAGCAGAGCGAAGAGGGAGUAACCCUCCGCCACUUAUUGUGAGUUGUGGGGCAAUUCUGCAGCAACCUGAAUUGGAUGAUGAUGUGAUGAAGGAUGGUCAUGGGGGGAAGGAGGAAAUGACUGAUGUUGAUAUGACUGGUGCGGAUUAUGACAUUGCCGACAGAGAGGAAGAUGGCAGAGUUCAUAUUAAUCAGUUGUGAUCUAGUUUUUCUCAUUGCCAUGGAUCAUCUGAAUCUGCAGGUUAUUGGAGCUUUUUCUCAACAUGUUCUUUAAGUCAGAGUAAGAAUGCUGAGAGUAAUUGCCAGAAAUGAGAGUCGAAGAAGUUUGGAGACAACCCAGAUUCUUUUUCUUGCUCGGGUUAUGUAUUAUGUAGAAAGUUUUUUUUUUUUUCUGAUAAAAACAUGUACAGGGCAGGGGAGUUACAAGUUUGUUGUUCAGGUCUCAAAAUCAUACCAAGAGUAAUAAACAUUUCCACCUAAUAAAAGUAAAUCAAGAAAGAUUUUCCAUUUCA